AUGCUUUAUUCAUUUGAUUUUGCAGCACAAGUCACCAGGAUUUGUAUGGAUGAGAUUCGACGACGAGGCAUGCAAGAACGCAAGAUCCUACGCAAAUCAGCACCCAGCAUGGUGCUGUUCCUCAAAGUAUUUAGAGAGCAGCGAUGCACCCCGGAUGAUGUUACCCAUGUCAGCAUCCACUCGGUUGCAACAUUGAUGCAGGAUACACUCUGGUGCUGUCAGGAGCGAAUCGUGCCAAAGACUGUAUGGCGAGUUAUCAAUUACGAAACAUGCACAUUAUCAAGUUUAUCUCGAUACCUCACCAGCAAAGGCGAGCAACUGUUGAUUGAGAUAUUGGAUUUCCUUGUCGAAUUGAUGCAACACAAGGGCAAAAAUCUCAUGGACGCAUAUCAUUUGGGCGAAGCAAUGGGCAAAGUGACAUUAGGACCAGCAGACUGUGACCCCAUCAUUGCCGAAAAAGCGAGCCACUUUUUGACACGGAUGAUUAUUGAGCACUCGAAACGAAUCCAUAUGCACAAGCAAGUUCAGCAACAAAAGCGAGUAGACUCGGGCGUGUCAUUGAUGUAUGAUGAGAUCCAACCCAUGUCCAAGAUUGAAGCAGCACGUGCCAAAGCCAAAUCAUACGAUCGCUUGAUUCGCCGUAUUCGUUAUAGCAGCCAUGAUUGGGCAGCUAAUACAGUGGGUAUUCGUGCCAUGUUGGAUGAUGAUUAUGAGCCAGAGCCCAUCACUCCUGAAGAACCAUGGAUCUCUGUAUUUUGCACCGAGCUUUCCAAUUACGAUCCAGAGGCAUCGCCAUUGCUUUUCCGUAUUGUUGCCGAAGCCAGUAAACCUGUUGUCCCCAUUCCUGCAGACCCAUUUGUGUACCUCAGCAAUGAAGAUCCAACCAUGCAUGUGCAAGGUGCAUUUAGUGAAUUUGCUCCCCUUUGUGCAAGCAAUAAUAACAAUCAGCAGGCUGCUUUGUAUCCUUCGCAUCAUCACGACCAUAAGAUGGCGGCUCAUCUCAAAAAGAUCAAUCACUCCUUUUCCAACAUGAAGCUCAACUUGAGAAAGCCUCGCUCCCAUGACUCAGCAUUCAGCAGCGAAGAAACUGUACGUGGUGAUGAUGAUGCUCGCACACAAACGACCUCUCAUACGACCACGGCGGCUACCAACAAUGAAGAUGGAAAGUAUCACCACCAUCAUCAGCAACAGCAACAACCACCACAACAGCAAAAGCAUGUUAGGAGCAUGGUGCGGAAAGUGAUCAAAAUGAGCUCUCGAAAGCAUCUUCAGCAGCAACCCCCUGCUAGUAGUCUUCACGCUUAG